AUAAAAUACAGCUGAUCGGUAGCAAGAGAAGUUUUGUUUCAUUCGUGUCAGAAAAUGGUGGUUUUGUUCUGAAGAUGGCGAAUGUUGCGAGCCCUAUCCCUUAUCUAACAAACAGGGAGUUAGGACUUUUACCGGAUCUCAGAGCCCAAUUCUUUAACAACCGGUUGAACGUUGCUAGGAACUUAUUCAGGCGAGAUUUGGUGUGCCAUUUUGGAUGCGUAAAUGCAAUCGAGUUCUCCAGCAAUGGCGAAUUACUCGUAUCAGGUGGUGAUGACAGGCGGGUGAUGCUAUGGCCAUUCGGGCAGUCAAUCCUGGACCGUGGAAAGCCAGAGUGCAUGAAGGCUGUCCACCAGUCUAACAUCUUCUGUCUCGGCAUCACCACAGACAACCAGAGGGUCUACUCUGGAGGGAAUGAUGAUCUUGUGAUCGUCCAUGACUUAGAGAGCAAGUGUCCUCUGGAAGUACUGCAACAUCAGCGCGCAGUAUGCAGCCUCAGCAUCGAUCCGUUCAACGAGCGGGUGGUCGGCACCGCUGGCAACGACGGCCGACUGCUGCUGUUUGACACCAGGCACUCGGUUCAUGAGUCGCUGGUGAUAUCGCGCAGCAGGAAGGCGUUCCACGGCGUGAUGUUCCACCCGCAGCAGGUAGGCAUGCUGGUGUCAGCCAACGCCAGGGACGGCGUCGCGCUCUGGGACCUGCGCGCGCCGAAGCACCCAGUAAUCCGCUACGUGGGCACAAACGGGUCCUGCCAGAGCAGUAUGAGCGUGCGUUUCAACCAGCAAGGCACGCACAUACUCGCCCUGCGCCGGCGCCUCACCCCCGUCCUCUACGCCGUGCAAUCCGCCGAGCCAGUCGCAGAGUUCUACCACCAGGACUAUUACAACUCUUGUACUAUGAAGAGCUGCAGCUUUGCCGGAGAAGGGGAGCAAUAUGUGAUGUCUGGCUCCGAUGAUUUUAAUCUCUACAUGUGGAAGAUACCCGAAACUGGUGGUGAGAAUGGAGACACGUUGGUUGAGCCGCCCCACAUCGUAUUGUAUGGGCACCGCUCCAUCGUGAACCAGGUGCGCUACAACCCGCACUACUGUCUCAUCGCCUCGUCGGGCGUCGAGAAGAUCAUCAAGAUCUGGUCGGCCCUAGAGUACCCCGCGAUGCGCGGCGGGCUGCUGGAGGAGGCGCAGGGCUCCGACAACCCGCGCGAGAUCUACAGCCACGAGGACUACGUGUCGCUGGUGCACCACAGCGGACAGUACAUAUCGCACAACUACGCGGAACAAUCGACGAGCGAGGACCCGCGCAUGAUGGCGUUCUUCGACUCGCUGGUGCAGCGCGAGCUGGAGUGCCUGGCGGAGGAGACGGACUCGCUGGACGGGUCCAGCUCGGCCGCCUCGCAGCACGGGAACGACUCGGACUCCUCUGACAGCGACCACAUCGUCGUCGACUUCCUGCCGCUGCCGCCCAAGAGAGCGGUUCCGAAUGGCAGCAAAAAUUCAAACAGACUCGCGCGGUUGGUGGCGUCUCGUUACUCCAAAAACUUACGUUUACAGAAACGAGGAUCUCUAAGACGAAGUAAACAAUCGCGGUCAUCUCUAAGCAAGUCGAGCGGUAAAUGCGUGUCGGGCACCAGCGCCAAGGGCAAGCGCACGCCCGUGAGGCGCGCGCGCGGCCCGCGCCGGCCCGCCGCGCGGCCCGCGCUGCCCGGCCUGCACGCCGCCACGCACUCCCGCGUCUCAGCGCCAUCUAGCGAGAGGACGGACUCCGAUGAACCCGCACAUUGCCUCUUCCGGAAUUCAGGACGGAUAAUCAGACCUCUACGCCGACGAAUAAAUCCCACACGGUCUGCCAAAAGAAAAAGCAAAGUCACUAGUUAUAGAAAAGUCAUAAAUUUAAGGAGUAAUGGAGCAAAUAUGGCACAAGACAGUAGCGACAAUAACAAUUUCAAUAGCUUUGACAACUUCGACGACAAUCUAGCGCAACCCAGCACGAGCACAGGGUACAGGGGCCAGAACACGUCGGCGCUGUUCCGGAUAGCGGAGGUGGACUCGGACGACGACCAGUCGCUCGGUGGCCGGCCCAUCUCGCCGCGGAACCAAAACGGAAAUCAAGUACCCAACAACCUUAUCAGUAUCAUCCCCACACCCAUCAACGGUUCCCGAGACUCGCUCGGGGAUUCCCUGAGGGUGGAGCCUCCGGAGUCGGAGAGCAACUCGACGCCGCCGCCCGAGUCCCGGCUGCGCAUGAACCUGCGCCGCGUGCGCCGCAACGGCCGCCUCAGCCUGCAGCGCUCCGACUCCAGCGAGUCGCCGCCGCACAAGGACGUCGCCGGCACCUCCGCCGCCGACAGGCUCUCGCCCAAACCGACCUACAACAGGAGUGUCGCGCGACUCAUGAACGAAACGAACGAGAGCGAGCUGGAGAGCAGUUGCAGUACCGAGGGCAGUCUAUGGCCCGCCCCGACGAUGGGCACUCCCGACAGUGGAGUCGGAACCGUCGCCGGCAGCAGUAGUCGCACUCAACCCCCUCAGGACGACGUGUCCGACGACCCCGACUACCAGGCCCUCAAGUUCAGGCAGCGGGUCAAAAAGGCCCGGCGGAAUUACCGCACCCACAUGGAAUCCGACUCCAACUGAACUGAAUAUAGAUAGAUAGUCAUUAAAAAUUGUGUUCUAUAAUCAAGUUGUUAAGCGACUGCGUACUGUUAAGACUCGAUAUUUAUAGACGUGUAUUGUAAAUUGCACUUUAAAAUGUACUUUGAAGGUUUUUAGUGAUGUGGCAUUCAAGAGUAGGUAUAAGUUUAGUAGUUUUGACGAACUAUGGACGCGAGAUGUGUAAGAAUAAGCUAGUGACUUAGUAGAACAAGCCAAUGUCACGCAACCGCUGUUUAGAGGUCAAUAAUGCACGCAAGUGCUCAUAUCAUUAAAGGAAAAUCGAGCCUCAACGAUACGGGAUUGUCGCGACUUUUAUAUUCGCCGUUUAUUCGCGAUGAUUUUGUAUUCUGAUUUUAUAGUUCACA